AAAUGCAACGAUCUCAAAGGUCGUCCCAUUCUCUAGAAACACCUAGUAUUUCAUCAGCUGAACAGACAUCAAGAUCAUCUGAAGGAUAUUCAUCUCAUGCUUCAAGUUCUAGUGGAGGUCGCGGACGUGCACAAAUAUCUGGUUGGUUAAGAUCAUUGAAUGGCAGCAGUAGUGAGGAAUCCAGAGACUCGUCAUUAGCAAUAGGUCACGGUCGAGGCGCUAUCCCAAAAUUAAUAAGAAAGCUUGGCCAACCAAGUACAUCAUCCAUACCAGAAAGUAUUAGUAAGGACGAUUCUGAAGGAGUUUUAGGAAAAUUAGCUGACAUUUCUGUAUAUGAUAAUCCAUCCUCGCCAGAAAACCUACAAUCUCUGGAUGAUAUUGCACCGAUAUGUCGGCAAGGCAAAAGUGGAACGAU